UCUUUGGAUACAUCUCGAUUCUUGAAUUGCUCAUCGUUGUUUCUUGUUUGGAUCUGACCCUUCAAAUUUUGAAUUUAUGGAAUUUGGUUCGAUCCGAAAAUAAUUUUAACUUCGAUAUUUCUUUUAAAUAGAUACGACAGAAUUAAUUUUAUUCACAAGACUGUGAGUUUAUCUGUAUUUUUAUGGGAUAUGAGAUUUAUCUGCAUUUCUAGAGGAACGAUCCCCUUCAGAAUCUUUAUAUGGAUCAUGAGUCUUCUCCCACUACUUUUCAAUAUGUAUAUCUGGCACUUAUAAAUGGUCAUAUUGUGAUUUCUUUCUUCUUGGCCUUGAGUUAGCUGUGUGAUAGCUCCUUAUUAGAUUUUAACAAGAUCCUUCUUGUGGUUUCUUCAAUUAUUUUUUAACAAAAACCUCUUAUGUUAAAUUAAAUAUUCUUUUGAGUGAAAAUCAAGUGUUACAGAAUUAAUGUAACACUUAAUUUAGAAUGCUACGUCUGCUGCAAGAUUAGUAUAAUGAUCUUUUGGCUAUCACUCUGGCAUCAUUAUAUAAGUCACACAAUUAAGAACAAUUUAAAAUUUGCUUUUAUUUCUCUCCACAUGCGCCAAUCUGUUCCGUAAAACACAGGGCAAAUGGUCUUGGAACUCAAUAUUUAUAUAUCUCCAUUUUACUUGAUUCUUUUAAAGAAAAGCCAAAAAAACAAAAAAUGCCUUUCCUUGAAUUCUUUCCACUAAAAAUCCAUUUUGGUUGCACUUGUUUCAGGAUUUGUCUCUCUACUGAAAAGAUGGUUUUGUCUGUAACUACUGGACACUCCUUAUCAAAUUCUAGAUUCACCUUCUACACCAAACCUUCCUCACUCAUACACCAUGCAGCCUACUCAGUAUCUCUUAUCAAUUCUAUUGAAUACUGAAUUUCUUAAAGACCCAUGGAAAGAAACCCCAGCAGAAUACAUGAGUCCUCCAGAAGAAAUUGGGACAGUGAUAGUGAUGCUCCAUCUUCCCCUGCAUCACCUAGUAUUUGCCUGAGCUUGGAUUCAUCUAGUCAAAGGAAUUUCAUGAGGAGCACUUCAUUUGGUACGACUGGUAAUUCAAGUUCUUGGCGAAGCAGUUCUAUUAGCAUUUCUCGUGAUGAGUCUAGCCUGUUGCUUCAGGGUGUUCCAAAUGAGACUGCUGGAUGGGUGGGAGUUAGUGGGGAUCAAACAGUUAGUGAUGAGAUGGUCAUUAGGGGAGCAAGACAAGACUCAUUAAGCAGAAUGAGUAGCGGGGGUUCUUGGAAGGGGGGUUUGAUUAGUCCUUCUCGGGACGUGGGUGACGGGAUACUUGAUUCAAUCAGACUUUCACAUGAAUUAGUAGAUCAUUUACUUGGGGAUGUUGAUAGCACGAUGGCGCAAGUGGGUGAUAGAGGGAAUAAAGAAGUGGUUGAUGACAAGGUUGAUGAUGCCAGAAAUGUUGAGAAUGGGUCUACAUCUCUCCCUGAUGACGAAUUAAUAAUAUCAAUUGGCUUUCCAUCCCAUGAUUCAAGCUUGUCUUCACUUCUGUCACCAUUGAUGGAGGAGACCAUUUCUCCACUUCCAACUGAUGCCAUGCUUAGUUCAACCGAGAAGAAUCAAAUGCAAAAGAGUACAUCACUCAAUGACAAGCAGUACAGGCUCCCUCAAAGACUGGACUACAUUUUCUAUUUGAUUGUCUUAGCUGUUUUUGGAAUUUUUGGGGAAUUUACAAGGUAUUUACUACAAAAGCUCUUUGGCCCUGGCGGUCCUCUAGACUUCACAGGGGAUAGUGCACUUUACCUUGAUCUUCCCUCUAAUAUGUUAGGUUCCUUUCUUAUGGGGUGGUUUGGCUUUGUGUUCAAAGCACAGAUACGUGAUGUAUCUGAGCAUUUAGUUGUUGGACUGACAACAGGGUACCUGGGAAGUCUCACCACCUUCAGUGGCUGGAAUCAGAAAAUGCUUGAAUUGUCUUCCAAGGGUCAUUGGGUGCAAGCUGUGGUUGGCUUCAUAAUAGGGAUGUCCAUGGUUGGUAUAAGCAUCCUUGUCGGGGUUUCAGCUGCUGAAGGACUCCAAAGAAGCUGUUCAGGCUGGUUUGACAAGUCAGGAAGAGCUGGAUGCAGGCUGAAAAAGUUAAGUGUGCAAAGCUUCGGUGGGCAAAUAAUGGUCAUGACAUUUAUGUUACUGCUAUGGGGCUUGUUGUGGGCUUUGAGUGGGGUGCUGGCUAGGACCGAGUUGGAUAGUCUCGCCGAUGGUGCUGUCCUUUGGUUAGGGUUUUUAAUGGGACCUCUAGGUGUGUGGAUCCGCUGGUACUUGGCUAGGCUCAAUGGCCAAGGGCUGGGAAGGAAAGGAAGGCUCAAAUGGCUCCCCAUUGGGACAUUGUCAGCAAACAUUCUUGCAGCAUGUCUUAUGGCUGCACUUGCAACAAUAAGCAAAGUGGUAGGCACAAAGAGAUGUUCAAUCAUUGUGAAUGGAGUCCAGUUCGGUUUCCUUGGCUGCUUGAGCACUGUUUCGACCUUUAUUGCCGAAGUGUUCGCCAUGUGGCAGAGUGGGCACAGAAGGAGGGCAUAUGCUUACACUGCCAUCACCAUCAUUCCAUCAUUUGCACUGGGAACUCUUAUUUACUCUGUUCCUGUGUGGACAAAGCAUUACGAUCAGUAAGAGUUACCUGAAAUAUUCAGCAAACACAAUGCAGUUCGGUUAACAGUAACAGUUAUUAUCCAAUUCUAAAUUUAUUGUUACCAAAGGCAUCAUUAGAUGCUUCAUGGAAAAAGAAAAGAUGGAUAUUAUUUGUCUGGGGUAACAGAUUGGAUGAAAAAUAUAUAAACAGCCAAGAUUUUCUUCUAGAUUUAAUUCUUGUAAAAUGUUUUGUUUAAUGGAUAAAAUUUCAGAGAUAAUGUAGGACUGAGGCAAUGAGGAGUCUAUGCAGAAUCCUUGAAAUCUUUAAGAUUUGUGGUUAACUGUUUUUA